GUAAGUUUAAAAAACCCGACGCUAUAAAGACGAGCCUUGCUUCUCCACCAGCUCGACCGGAAAAAUGGCGGGACGAGGACGAGCUCCUUCCUCCACCACCACUAGCUCCGAUUUGGAAAACUCAUCGCGCGAAUCGCAGAUCUCGUCGGUUAUCGAUCAAUGGGAGGUCCAGUACUCGCGGUUCAUAAGCAAUAGCUCCUGCACCCGUAAGCGCACUCACCCCUCUCUGUCGCCCUAUCAGAAUCGCAGACUCACCGACGGGACCUGGAUAUCGGCGACCGUCGCCUCUCUCAAGCUGGAGUACCGCCGGCCGUCCACUGGCGCGUCCUGUGCAGUCAUCGUGGUCGUUAUUCGGUCUCAAGUCCUCGAGGAGCACUGCGUAACCUUGAUGAAUUUCUCCUGGCCCCAAGUAUCGUGUGUAUCAGGAUUUCCAGAACGUGGUUGCAGGAGUGUUCUUGUGAGCUACAAAGAUGGUGUUGGUCAGGCAAGCAUAUGCAUGAUUUUAUCAAUGUCUUUUUUACAGAAAUUCGCUCUACGGUUUUCGACCAUCCAUGAUUCGGGAACAUUCAUGGCUAUUGUGAAGGAAAUCAUGGAAAGCGGAAAAAUUAAGCUGAUUGGGAGCCCUGUAUCUAAAUCCAAAAUGUCGUCUCAAGAUGAGGUUAUAUCUUUUGAUGGACCUGCACACAGAAAUGAGGUGGAUCAGAAGUGGAAAGCAGCAGAAGUCAAUAGCACCCAAGUUAUGCUUCCUAGCUCUAAGCUUGAUAAAGUUCAAGAUUCAGAAUCACCAGAAAAAAUAAUAGACUAUGAACCUGCGAAUGCAAUGCCUGUGCUUCCUCCAAGUUUCUCACAAUUGAUGAAGAACUGUUACCCUGCAGUUACUGAAGAAAAGCCAAUGGAACUUGAAGGCGAUCUCAAAACCCAGUUCAUGCGAUACCUGGAGAGAACUUCUUUUACUGAUUUAUUGGCUACGGUAGAGGAUGUUAUCAGUGUUUUGGAUGGAGAUAUUGAACUGUAGAUCUGUGGAAAAACGGAGCCCAUCGCGUGAAAUCAAACUUUCCCUAGAGCUAAAAUUCAGUGUAACAACUUCAUUAGUGACUCUAAUUUUCUGUCUGUCUAUAUGUAUGUCUCUCCAUGUGUUAGUUAUUUUCACUUGCUAAUCCACUGGAAACAUUAAAAAGAUCAUAAAAAGGAAAAAAAUAAAAAGCCACUGGGAACAUGUAGAAUUUUUUUAAGUAUGAUAUGAAUUUCGAUAUCUUGUGUCUCGUCCGACUACAUCAACCCUGCGUACGGUCCACCUUCGUGAACCGCACAUAUAUGAUAUAUCCUCCCGAAUAAGUACAGU